AAUCAAAUUUUAUUUUUCAUUCUCAAACCAUUAACAACUCAACCCUCUCAAAAAAAUAUAUUUCUCUUGCUUUUUUUUCUAAUGGGAAAUUCAGUAGUGACUCCAUGUUUUCAUCCUUAUAAUCGAAAGUUAUCAUCGUCGUCUUCGUCAGCGUCCUUGUUGUCGUCCACGUCAGCUAAGCUCAUUUUUUGGCAAGGCACCACGAGAUUGAUCGACGGUGAGCUAACCGCCGGUGAGAUCUUGUUUGAGUUCCCGGAGACAAUGAUUUGCCAUGCAGACUCGUUCUUUAUCGGACACGCGAUCCCUAGUUUAUCUCUGGAUGACGAACUCGUCCCCGGAGAAGCCUAUUUUGUUUUACCUAUUGAUCUUUUUUCAUGCAAAACACUCUCAGUUUCAUCACUCUUAUCAUUGAAAUCAUCACACAAUGAUAAUAACAAGUCAUCAACAAUCAAAUUUGGAGAGUGCCCUUUUGAGUAUUUGAAGGAUUCAGAUGGAAAAGUGUUGAUAAAAGUUAUGCCAGAGUUCAUCACAAGACUUGUUAAUGGAGAUAGAGGGAAUGAUUGUUGUCUUGAUAGUAAAAGUAGUUUUCUUUGUAGUACUCCUGAAUUGAAAAAACAUUAUGAAAUGCUUGUGAAAUCUAAGGAUCAAGUUUGGUCUCCAAAGCUUGAAACUAUUUUGGAAAAUAAGGUUAGACUUAGAAAGGAAAGAAAGAGAGAAAAAGCACAAACUAGUACUGUAUUUGCUAGAUAGAGUUUAAUACAUAUUUAUGUAUAAAUUUUUAGAGUUAACUUUAAAUUUAUGGCAACAGUUUUGAUAAUUAGUUGUAAUUUUCUUCUGAUCUGUGCAUAAUUAUAUGUGGAAAUUAAAUGGAAAUGAUGGGAUGAAAA